CCUUCUAAAUUGCAUGGUUAUUAUUAAUUGAUAUUAGGACUGCUAAAUGAAAGAAGCCAAAUUUGUUCAUAUCAAAUAUGGUGUCAGUUACGUCAAUGGCUAACGGCCAGUGAUUUUUCCGUCGAACGUCAUAAGGUGCGUGCGUGGUGUUAGGCCAAACAAUUCAUGAAAGAGUAAAUUAAAGUUAUGCCGUGUGUGGGUGGCCACCACUACCCACGCACAUUAACCGCUUUUCCCGAAGCUUUCCCUCGAAGCUUUGUCAGCUGGAGCAAAGCUUUUUGUUUGGACGUAAGGAUGUGAGAACCGCCGAAAGGAGCGAGAACGAGAAGGCAGCGAGAGAGGACUCGCUGGUGAACUCGCUGGAAUCGGCAGUGGUGAGUGGAGAGGGAGGUGCGGAGAAGGCAGAAGCAGAAGCAGCAGCAACAGCGGCAGCGCAGUUACAGUUAUUGGCAACAACAAAUACAUACACAUGCACAACACUCGCACAUCGCUAUCGAUAUCCGUAUCCAGAAGAGGUCCUUUCUAGAGGCAGAGGAAAAAGUGGAAGCGACUCCUUGUCGGAUCGGGCUGGAGCAUGGAAAUUUGUCACUUGCGGUUCCCCGCUGGCCCAGUGACUUCUCGCCGGAGCUAGGAGCCAAGGGCAGGAAAUUGCAGUGCAGCCGCAAGAACCCACAAAAGCACACACGCACACACUGACACACUCACUACUCGCCCACUCGACCCAGGAUACAUGGAUGGCUCUGCUCGGGAUUAGGCAACUGCCAGGACACUGAAAACCGCCAUGGCACUGGUGCACACAUUCCUGGGCACCUGGGAGAUUGUGUGCUGCACCUUCGAGGGAAAGCGGGAGCUGUCCGGCCUGGAGGGUAUUAAAUUCAGAUUGGAUGACACCAGCGACAUUACCUGGUACAAUGACCUGGUCAGUCCGCUGCCCGAGUCCAAGGACUGUGGCUCCUUCUGCGAAUCGGCCAGUGUGCUCUUCAGCUGCGAGACCUUCGACGUCCACGAGAUCAAUCCACGCCUCGUCUUCGGAGCCUUUGCCGGUCACAGCAUUGAGUUUAGCACCAACACCUUAACGCCGACCGAUACCCUAGUGCUCAGCUGCGAGAACUGGUAUGCUGUGGAGUGCAAGCGGCUGCAGGAUGGCCAGGCAGCUGGCCAGGAGAAGCAACUGAGUUUCGGUGAGGCCCUGCAGGAGUCCUACUUCAGCGAUGUGGUGGUGAAGAGCUCCGGCGGCCUGGAGUAUGCCCUGCAUGCCUCCAUACUGCGACUGAACGGGUUCGACUGCAGCAUGUGCGUGAACAGUGCCCCGCCAUCGGCGGCCCUCGUCUGCUCCCCGGCCAGGAGCUGUCACAGUGGCCCGAAUACGCCGAAUCCCAUACGCAUCUCCGUGGCGCCGGCCAACGAUGAGGGGCAUGAGAAGUCCCUGCCGCGCCUCAAUCUCUCGCCCAUUUACCUGCAGCCGCCCUGUGACUUCCAGACCCUGCCGUCAGCCGGCUUGGGCGGUCAGCGGAUGCAUCAGUUUAGCAGCAGCUUCAAUUGCCUGAGCAACGGCAAUGCCGGCGAUUCGGAGGCGUCGGUCGUCAGGACCACGGGGCUGCUGAGCCUGGAGUGCGGCAGUGGCGGAGCAGGCAUGUACCGCCUGCCACUCACCUCGCACUCGGAUUCGCAUCUGGAGACGUCGCAGUCGCAUUGCAAGAACAUUUUCAACUUUUGCCAGGACCUGAUGCUGCAGCCGACGCCCACGCCGCUGCCGCCAAGUGCGGGGCUGGCCAUCUGCAGCAUCCGGAGGCCGCCGUUGUCGCCGUAUCGCGCCCGCAGUCCCUCGCCCUUUCCCAGCUCCAUGGACACGCCGCCGUCGUCGCCGCUCACGCCCGUCGGCGUUCUGUGCAACCUGCCCACCUUCCUGCUGGGCCCCAUCCUGCACUGGCUGUACACGGAGUCCCUGCUCCCCGAUCUGGACGAGGAUGUGUGCGAGAAGCUGAUCGGCUUUGCCGAAUCGCAGCCCUCGCUGACCAAACUGGUGGAGCCGACCCGCAAGUACCUGCGACUAAUACGACUCAAAAAGUUUGUGGUCAACGUUACCAUGGACCUGCACGGCAUUCUCAACCGGGUUAUACAGUGCAUAAAUCCCGGCAACAUUACCCGCGAUCCAGCCCAGCUCUAUGCCACCUUUCAGGAUGCCUUGCGUGAAUGUGCCAUUGGCUGCGCCAAGGUGCUGCAAUUCUGUAAUAUCUUCAUUACGGAUGCCACGCACAUGACACGAUAUCAAAAGAACGAGAUCGUCAAGUACAUACGAACCCGCAUACCCAUUUUCAUGUCCCAAGUUCAACAGCUGCUACGGAACGUACUCGGAGUCUUUGUCGGUCUGAGUGUCGAUGAAAAAGCCGAGUUGGUGAACUAUCUUGUACCUGAAAUCGAAUCAACCUUAUUUGUAUUGACCGCUGUGAUAGAGGAAAUCAAAAACUCAUUGGAAAUCAUGUGCAAGGACCUUAAGUGUUCCCACUUGGAUCUCCCCCUACAACAACAGCAGGCAGACGAUGCGAUUGUCAUGCAAUUGCAGAUAGCGGACGGGGGCGAACCCUCGCCACGACCUCGUCGCGGUGCUCCCGUGGGUCUAACGCUCUAUGACAACCUCACGGACAAGCAGCGCCUGAGUUCGGCGGAGAAUGACCUAAAGUUCGUGCUGUACAUGUACGAGGUACGGAAAAUGCGCGACAUCUACGGCCGGAUUGUGGCGGCCCUUGAAAUAAUCAAGGACAAGAAGAGUACAUUCUGCGAAAUGGAUUUUCUGAGCAAAAGCAGCACAAUCAACCAGAACCUCGAACAACUGAUUAUGGACAUUCCCGCUUACAUCUUCAUCGUGGAGAACCUGUCCGAUCGGCUGGACGACAAACUGGGCUGGAAGGAGUUCAAGUUCUGUUUCAAGCUGGCCACCAGUCAGAUAAAUGGAGUGAUUGCAAAACUGUUAGAUCACAAGGACGCCCUGCGAGAUGCCAUAAGUCAGAUAUGUUUGCUGGUGCGCAAACAGGAGUUCACACAGUCCGUAAUUGAGCUGGGCUUGUUGGAGGACUCCAGUCUGCUGUCAAGCAAUUCAAAAGUGGCUGAUCAUGAGAACAACCUGAAUCAGGGGCUAAGCGAUAGGGAGGAGAUGUAUCUGGAUCGCAAACAAUAUUACGAUUACAAUAGCGUUAAGUUAAAUCUCAUUCGACAUCUCUGUGAGCCACCCAUUGCGGCCAGUAGCAAUCUCUCGAAGAAUGCCUUGCGCUUGCUGCACUCCACACAACUGGCCGACAUGGAGUUCGAGGUGCACACCCAUGCCGCUGGCAAGGCGGAGCAGGCCGCCAGUGGAGAUUCGGCGGCGAAAGUCCUUCAGGUGCACAGCUUCAAGGCGCAUCGCGUGAUAGUCGCCGCCCGCUGCGAGUGGUUCAAAAAGGCCCUGAUGUCGGGCAUGCAGGAGUCCAUCAAUCGAAAGGUCAUCAUCACGGACACCUCGCCCGUGAUCUUUCGACGCCUGCUGCUCUACCUCUACGGCGCUCCCAUCGAUCGUACAGUUGGCGCCGAGCAGGUGUGCGAGCUAAUGCUCUUGGCCGAUCGUUACUCCAUAGAUGAUCUUAAGGAAUUGUGCGAAAAUACCCUAUACUCUUUAAUCGACGAGGACUCCGUGGUCUGCCUACUGGGCAUUGCGGAUCGCUAUAUGGCCACGGCCCUGAAGUCCAAAUGUCUUUCCUUUCUCUCGCAGCAUGCGCAACUGACCAAGUGUGAAAUAUUCAAGGAAUUGCCCCAGACACUUCAGCUAGAGGUUAUGGAUUUGAUACAUUGGUUUGGACGUGUCUCCGAGCCAUGGAACGAUUCAAGGGGCUUCAAGCCGCGCAGCAGCUCGCGCCACAGCCUCAAGAGUCCUUCGAAGCCGCGCUCGCGAUCCCGCAAGUCCUCGCCCUCCUAUAUGUGACGCCGACAAAGCGCCAUUGAACACACGAAUGCCAACUUCUUGUGAUAAUUUUAGAAGACUUCGCAAUCCAGAACCGGAUAAAAUAGUCAGUAAGGAGCAGGGAACGGAGGAGAGCAUGGAGCAUGGUACGAUAGGCAAAGGCAAAGACAAAGGCAAAGGACGAUAGCGAGGAGGAUGAGGAGGAUAUUGUCGAAAUAAGUUACAGGAAUGACCGGGACUCUAGCUCUCGUCUCUGCCUUAGAGCAGACUAACCACAAUAUCAAGCCAAAUAGCAAAAGGCAAACAUGACCUGAUUUUAAUGAGUUUUACUUAGUUCACUAGUAGAUAGAUAGGAAUUCGGCGUGCAUGACUUACAUUUAAAUUUCUCUCUAAUUAAUUGAUUUAUGUAGGAAUCCUGUUUCCCCAAGACAACUGUGGGUGUUAGAAAACCACUGGAAUACUUUGGUAUUAUAUACGGACAACUAAAAUCGCAACUCAAAAGAUCGAAUAGAUUUAGACAAAAAGGAUAGUAACAAACAAUUGGCAGUUACGUUAUGUAAAUACACAAAUGAUUAGUAUAGAAAGGCGUUUCGCAAAACCACUCAUUUAUUUCCAUGUUUUUCAUUUUGUGGUCCACUUGUGAAGUAGGUUAAUUGUACACUUGUAGUCUGACGGGUAGGUAGAAUUUAGUCCUUUGGAAAAGCCAAAGUGAAUAAUUGUUUUGUAUUCGGCGAACGCAUAAUUAACAACGAAACUUCGGUCCACCGAAGAUUAUGUGCUACACACUAUUGUAAACUAACUAGUGUAUUUUGACAUAUAGAAACAUAUUCAAUUUAACAUUAGACUAUUAACCGCGAGACCUAUCCUCACAUAGUCUUAUGGGUUAGGGGCGGAUUUUAAGUAACGACAGCAGCGUAUUUUUUCAUUCGUUUUGAAAGCGUAUCAAAUUAACAAAAUAUAUGUACAAAUGUUAUGUGUAAAUUAUAUUAUUGUACUAAUUCAAUACAUUUCUUGUUGUCUUUUUAAAACAUAUCACAAAUUAACUCUUUUUAUUAGAUACCGAUAAUAAAAUAUACGUGUGUAAGUAACGGAAGUGAAAGACAAAGUUGUUUG